AUGCAAGGCACCGACCCAUCCGCAGCGGCGGCGCCCUCGUCCUCUCUCCUGACUGCCGAGUCUCAGUCCGAGUUGAAGCGCAAGCCCACCUGGGCUCAGAUCAGCUUUGACGACGGCUUCGAUCUCAACAUCGCCGGCACAUCUGCUUUGGGCGCAAGCUCUGAAAAGACGGAUCCUUCCUCCAGCUCAAUGCAGGCCACAAAGGCAGCAUAUCCGGACAAUGCAAAUCCUGCGCACCCUGACACACAAGAGAACAAGAGAUUCUCGGUCAGCUCUGCAUCUUCCAACAAGGCGCUUCCAUCAGUGCCACCUGCAUCCAGCACCACGCCGAUCAACAUCGCAAACACCGAUGCAGCGGACAGACGGCAACCAUCCAGCGAAUCACAGGCUUCCGCUACGCUUCGUCCCGGAUCCUUUGGCGUUGCUAGCACCGCGCACGGCCGCGUCCCCUCGUCGCAGGACGGCACGCCCACGCCCAGAUCGCCCAUCACUCCGCAGGCACUCACCUUUGCUUCGCAAAUGACCGCAGCUGCCACACCACAACAGCAGCCGCAGCGCUUAGAAUCCGAGUCAACUCCGCUGGCCAAGCAAGCAGUGCAUCAGCCUUCCCGAUCUCACUCCGGCAGCGGAUUGGCCGCCGAUCAACAAACGCAGCCAUCGCCGUCUCGUCCCAUCUCUUCCGCCGAUGCCUACAUGCUUCCUUCCGAGAGCUCGAGUCGCCCAGGCACCGCCAUGAGCCAUCUCAGCGGCUCAAAUUGGAUGCACGAUGGACCCAGCAACCGAAGCAGCGUAGGCACCACCUCGAGUACGCCUGUCAACCAGGCCAAGCGAGCUUCCGUGCUGUCGUUUCAGACCGCAAACAGCGCAGGCUUUACCAGCGGCGAUGAAGCAGACGAGGAGACGUACGAACGGGAAGAGCUCGCCGACAACACAUUCCAUGCGUCUCCGGCUGCUCCUGGCAUGGUCAACCACGCGCCGUUACCGUCCAACAACAUGCGUCCGUGGAUCGAUCGCGGUCAGUCAGGCUACGGCUCCUCGAACGACGAGCGUCAUGUCCCCGGCGGUCUCCCAGGCGCAUUCUGGGAUGCGCAAUCCGCCCAAUCCUCGCCUCGGCCUGCCAUUCCUCGUCCUCAUGCUCGUGAAGAGCUCCGAUCUGCUCCUGCCGUCGCGCCAACACAGACGGAUGCCGGCAUUCCGAGAGCAUCCGCGCAGAACGGACCAGCCGAUGGGAGAGCCAGCGAUGACAAUGCCAAGAACGACAGCAGUCGGGAUCUCCGCGAGUCAGCCGCAUUGCUGCCAGAAUCGACCCUCGCACCUAUCAAGACACAAGGAUUGGCACCUUCUCCAGCAAACUUGCCUCUCUCCUCGACUACCAUCACAGCUCCUUCUGACGAGACCGCUCAAGUCAUGCUUCGCUCGCCCGACUUCAACAGAGACCGACAAUUGCCUUCGGUCGCGCCCAAAGACGCGGCCCCCUUGCCUCCCGCCAAGGACGUGCGGGCAGUCGAACACGUUGCUCCCAAGGUGUCCUUCGUUUCCACUCCCGACGCUGCUAACCGUAGGCUAAACGCCGCAGCGACUCCAGCACCCGUGGACAACGUCAUUCCACCGCCGCUGCCAACGGAGGCAGUCCAGGCUCAGCCUGCGUUUGACCCAGGUAUGCUCAGGAACGGCCCGACCCUGGUCUCCGACUAUCGUAAGAAGCCGCUGGCCGACAUUUCUCCAGCACAAAAAGCUGCCGGUCUCGCACAUCUGCAGGCGCAGGCCAAAGGCCCUCAGCAGCAGUCCAGGACGGAAAUGCAGUCGCACGUCCCCCCAACGAAUCCACCAGCCGAGGCUCCACCCAUUCCUGUUCUCGAACGAGGUCGCCGCAAGUCGAAUGCUAGUCUCACAGCCAACGUGGCGCUAGCACAGCAGGCCGCCGCUGUUGCACCGGGAGCGCAAAGCGGCGACGCGAUGGACAGGCCUGGAACCGCUAGCACCGAGAGCGUUUCGCACGAGUCUAGCGCCCCGCCUGACGGAGAGGUGGAAGCACGAGCCGAGUGGGAGCGUCGGCGCAGGAUGAAGCGCAAGGACGGCAAGAAGCAGAACGACGUCACCAAGGCGCAGAAAGGUCGCUCGGACGCGUUCAAGACGCAGCUCAAACCUUUGCAGCUCGUUCCCGCCGACAACCUCACCGGUUUCAACGAUCGAAAUGGCGCUCCCAACACGGCCGCGCGUGGCAACGACGACCGCACCAGCAUGGUCAAGGACGACCGAAAUGUCAACGUACUGUCGUCUGCACCUGCUGAUGCCAAUUCGGCGAAGCAGACGUACAGCACACAGCAGCUGCAAAAGUUGCAGGCUCGCGAACAGCGGAGGAGCGUUGGCGCUUUUAGUGCCGCUAUGGCCGCAGCCAAUGUGGUGUCAAGCGGCAGCAACGGUCCAUAUCCGGUGUUUGCGUCUCCCGGCUCCGGACCGCAGAAGCCAGGCUCGCGCCAGUAUCCCGGCCUCAUGGCGCAACGAAGUCUCGUCCCGCCCUUCGAGCUGCAGCACCGACCAGACGGAUUGCCUUCCGGCAUGAUCGGUCCCGACGGUGUGCGAAGGAGCCUCAAUGAUCCCGAGGUGUGUCUCGAAUGCAUGAUGCGAGACGAGGAUAUGAUCGACAUCACCGUCGUUGGCCACGGCAUCUGGGAGCGCGAAAGUGACAGGGACUUUGAAGAAGCUGUCCGACUCGAAGCCGAAGAAGCAGCAAAUGGAUCUGGUGUCUACUCUCCCGCCGAGGGCGACGGCCAGGGCGACAGUCGUAGCACACGAGGCUCGCGCAGGCCUCGCAAAAAGAUCGGCAAGGGCGAGCCGCUGACCGUCGAACGACUCAAGCUGCACACGCAGAUGAACCCGCCAGCCUCCUCGUUCCGCUGGCGCACACUACAGACAUUCUUAGCCGUGCAGGCCAAGUACAUCGCUAUGGAGCAGUCGAGGAUGCGACUCGAGGCGGAGAAGAAGGCGAGAUCCAUCGCUGACUCCACCGGCAACCGUGGCAGCAUCGUCCUACCGGACGCGACUGGGCAGCAGCCAGAGCGCAGUCUGUCCUCUCCCUUUGCACCGCCACGCGACGGUUCUGCUGCGGUCGGCAGUGUCUCACGUCAGUCGAUGCUGCCGACAACGGCAGACGACGGCGUGUUGACGCCUCAGCAAAGUCAGGAGAAAGAGCGAGAUAUUGCAGCAGCGCAAGCAGCCCGUAGAAAGAUGACUGCCGGUACAGCGACAACGGAAUCGGCUCUUGGCGCCGCCGCCGCCUAUCCUGUCACGCCGCUGCAGACGCGCACGCUUCCUCAAACGGUGCCUGGACGUUCCAACUCCGAUCCGGACGACCAGCUCGCUGCGCCAGCGUCUGUCGGCAGCGGUCUCAUCACUUCCAAUGGUGGCCGCCGAAUGCCCUUUGCCUCGGCGCAAGCAGCAAGGGCAGCAAGCGUACAAGAUCUCCGUUCAGCUGCCGAUGCGUCUCGAUCAUCGCCCAUCGGGUACCCCCUGAGUCCAGGAGACAGCCUCGUGCCUCCGUCCAGGUCGGUGCUGGGGACAUCGCCGACCGGCACGCCUUCGCGGGUGGGUCGUUCGGGCGCAUCUCAGUUGUCACUCAUGCACAGCGGCUCGAUGAUCGAUAUGCACGUCGCACAGGAGGACCGCGUGGAGCACCGAAUCAACCAGACAGGUUUCCUGCCCGGAACGCCUCUUGGUGUCGAGUCGCCGUCCGCGAUCAACCGAUCCUUUUACGGCUUUCCCGGGGAUGGAGACUCGUCGCUUCCCGAGGCAGCCGCCUUCGAGCGAUCCAGGUCCAGAAUGGUGUCUGGUGAUGGCUACGUGGACCCUAUGGAAGCUGGACCGCGGGGACUCGAAGUGGACCAGGACGAGACCUCUCAGCAGCGCAAAAAGAAAGGCCUGCGUGGCCUCUUCUCCAAGCUUGCUGGCAGCAGCGGUGCUCCCAGUCGCCAAAGCUCGAGCGGUGCAGGCGCGGGCGGCAGCAUCAAUGGCAGCAUCGCCAGCCGCAAUGCCAGCAAGCGCUCGCAAGGCUCGGGCAACGACAGCCCUCGUGCUCGCAAAACUUCGAUCAGCGCGGAUCAGUCCCUCGAUACCACGGGUCUGCCCCAGAAUGGCAUGCUCAGCAAAGCUCGCAAAUCGACCUCUUCGUUCUUCCGCAACGGUGUCGAGCCGGCUGACGAGUCCAACUCACGUCCUAUCCUGAGUGGGAACAAUUCGAUCUUCCAGAACCCAUCAGGUAUGGGUAGCCAGAACAGCAUCGAUCUCGGACCUUUCCAGUCUGCGUCGCCGCGGAUGGACGCGUUCGCUAGCACCAAUGGCCGUGUCAUGCCGCAGCAGGACGCAGCGAGGAUGCGGAAGGCGUCGAAUCCCAUGAUCCAAAAGUACCUCAAUUCGCCUUCGCCUCAAACGCAAGCUACCACCGGUGCGAGCCCCGCGCCCACGUCGCUACCUCCGACGAGCGGCGGCGUGCCCGGCGGUCGCAUGACAAGUUAUGCCAGCAUGCGAGAUCUUCGCACCUCGACCCUGCCACCCAUUGUGGACGGCGAGCAAUACGCGGAGGAGAGCGAUGCGUACAAGUCGUACCGCUCGGGCGGUGGCAGCGCCGGCGUGCGCAAGGAGCUGCCCAGCAUGCCCUUGUCGGCGGGUGUCGCAGAGCAUCGACGAACAGGUUCGACCGGGGCAGGCGCAUCAAGAAAUUCAAUGGUGGAACCGACAUCGAUGGCAGCGCCCGCACUCGUCGUGGCUCGGCCCGCCGGCAGCGGCCUCGGAGAAUACGCGGCUCGUCCUAGCAUGCAAGCAUCUCGCAACGGGCGGAAUGCGGACGGCUUUGGAGCGAUGGCCGACGACGCUUCGAUGGAAGGCAACGGGCCUCUGCGACCGCCUAAGAACCCACGCCGACCUGACAGUGUGUUCAACUCGCCCAGUUUGGCCGAUUUCCAUGAUGGCAGCGACGGACUGGCAUCUGGUCGUCGUGCGUUCCCGCAGCAGGGUCGAUCUCAGUCGGACGCCUACCCUGGAUCUGUGGGCUCUGCAGAGAAGAGCAAGAAAUCGAUCUUCCGACUUCCGUUCGGGCGCAAGAAGCGCGAGUCUACCAUCGACGGCGAUAGGAGCAGACCUUCGAUUGUCCUCAGUCAGAAUGACGCGCCUGCGCAGGGACGCCCAUCUAUGUCGUUGGGCCGCUCGUUCUUGCCCAAGCUUCGUGAGCGCAAGAGCUACGGCGGCCUGGGAGCGGCGAGAACCAGCUUCCAGACGGAACGUCAACGAGUCUUGUCCUCGCCCGCGAACGAAACUUCCAACUCGGAUCUGCCCCCUCGAAGCCAGAGCGCCUUUGGUAUGGCACGACAACGCUUCAUGUCGAUGGACCUUCCGCGUCGAUCUAUGAACGUCGAUCGCUCCGCUAGCCGCAAUCGACUAAGCACGGUCCAGUAUGGCUACGAAGACGAAAGGGACGAGGAUGAGGACGAGGACGACGGGAUGGAGCGCGAACCAGGCUACGAGGCCGAAUUCAACCGAUAUGCGCAGGAGGCUGCCGAAGAGCGCUACCUGGGCACGGGAUCGCGAGGCGGCGGAAGGGAGGUCAGCUUUGGCCGAAAGAGUCUCAACAUGCUCCGAGAGAGCUUCAGGACGCCCUUGCGUAACGUCAGUGGUGGGGAGCGGGCAAAGUAG